GAUUUAAAACAUGGCGACUGAAGGAGAGGCGGGCAGCGCAGCUGCAACUGAACCGGAGACCGGAGAAGGUGAUGCUGCAUUUGGGGACAUACCCACUAACGUAGACACAGAGUCUUCAAACGGAAAAGAGGGACCGGACACAGCUGGUGAAGGAUCUGAGGCAGCAGAUGCUAUGACAGGAUCUGGGGAUGAAGAGAGUGGGAGGCAGCUGGGGGAGGUGGAGCUGCAGUGUGCCUUGUGUAUGAAAUGGUUCACUGCAGAUACAUUUGGUAUUGACACAGCCACGUGUCUUCCCUUUAUGACCAACUAUGUAUUUCACUGCAACGUCUGCCAUCACAGUGGCAACACUUACUUUUUGAGGAAACAAGCAAAUCUGAAGGAAAUGUGUCUCACGGCCUUGGCGAAUCUGACAUGGAGAUCCCGAACACAAGAGGAGCACCCAAAGACCAUGUUCUCCAAAGACAAGGAUAUCAUACCAUUCAUUGAUAAAUACUGGGAGUGCAUGACAACUCGUCAGAGACCGGGAAAGCUCACCUGGCCCAACAACAUAGUGAAGACAAUGAGUAAAGAGCGAGAUGUUUUCCUUGUGAAGGAACAUCCCGACCCUGGCAGCAAAGACCCAGAAGAGGAAUAUCCCAAAUUUGGCCUGUUAGACCAGGAUCUGGGAAACAUUGGCCCUUCAUAUGACACACAGAAACAGACCACUGCAGCUCCCACUUCUGGAGGACUCAAUGGUGGAUCUUCUUUCUCAGGUGCUUUGGCUCCGGGCCCAGGAAAGGGACGAGGGGCCAAACGUAAACAGCAGCAGCAACAAGAGGGCGCCGCUGCAGGAGCAACGAAGAAAACCAGAAGUGACCCCCUGUUCUCAGCCCAACGCCUGCCUCCUCACGGUUACCCACUGGAACAUCCCUUUAACAAGGAUGGGUACCGCUACAUUCUGGCAGAACCAGACCCCCAUGCUCCAGAUCCAGAGAAACUGGAGCUGGACUGCUGGGCCGGCAAACCCAUACCCGGUGAUCUUUACAGGGCCUGUUUGUAUGAGAGAGUCCUGCUGGCUUUACAUGACAGAGCACCUCAGUUGAAGAUCUCUGAUGACCGUCUGACAGUGACCGGGGAGAAGGGCUACUCCAUGGUGCGAGCAUCCCAUGGUGUCCGCAAAGGUUCCUGGUUCUUUGAGGUUUCCAUUGAUGACAUGCCUCCAGAGACUGCAGCCCGGCUCGGCUGGUCUCAACCACUCGGUAACCUGCAGGCGCCUCUUGGUUAUGAUAAGUUCAGCUACUCAUGGCGCAGCAAGAAGGGCACCCGCUUCCACCAGUCAUUAGGAAAGCACUAUUCCUCAGGCUACGGCCAAGGAGAUACACUGGGCUUCUUCAUAGAGCUCCCAGAUGAAACCGAAACCGCCAAAGCUCUGCCUGAUACAUACAAGGACAAGGCACUAAUUAAAUUCAAGAGUUACUUGUACUUUGAAGAAAAAGACUAUGUGGACAAAGCAGAGAAAAGCCUCAAGACAAUGACCCCAAGCAGGAUGGUGUUUUAUAAAAAUGGAGUGAGCCAAGGAGUUGCCUUUGAAAACCUGUUUGAAGGCAUUUACUUUCCAGCCAUCUCACUUUACAAGAGCUGCACGGUGUCAGUAAAUUUUGGGCCACAAUUCAAGCACCCACCUAAAGAUGUCAAGUACCAGCCGAUGAGCGACAUGGGCUGGGGAGCUGUGAUUGAACACACUCUGGCUGACAUGUUGUACCAUGUGGAGACGGAUGUGGACGGCCGGCGCAGCCCUCCAUGGGAAGGAUGAACACGUGAACAUGCUGAAGGAUGAACACGUGAACCUGUUGGACUCAGUACGCACACCCCUCUGUUAAAACAAUGGGCUACUUUCACACCAGAAAACUUAAGCAUCACCUGCAGAAUAGAGGCUGGUCGAGGCUGACUUGCAAUAUUAAAUUUCAACGAGGAGGAAGCUCUAAACCUUACUGUUCUGUUUUAACUGAACUACUUCAUACUGUCACUUAUUACUGUGCCAGACAUUCCUCACUGAACAUUUGACAAGAAAUCAACAGACUUUUGGUGCUCUCCUUUAAUAUAUGUAUAUUUUGGAGUCGUACAUAGCUGUGAUUCUUCUCACUGGAUGCCAGUUAAACAAACAUUUUGGGUAAUAUGUUCAACCUUCAUCUUCAUUUUAUAGUUGUGGCCAACCAGACUUACUUCAUUUAGCAUAUUUUGUGUUUUUGCUAAUUUUAUUUGUUUCACAGUGUGUGUUAGUUAUUAACUGUUUUAUACGCUGAGUUAAAUAAAAAAUGCUACAUGGAAAAACUGGAA